CUGGAGCAGAUGGCUGGGGGCAUCCAUCGUAUAGAGCAGCUGGCCGUGUUCCAGCUCAACCAUCGCAAUGGCUUCGCCCCCUGCGGGGUGGAGGUCUACUGGACAGGUGCCAAACUCCAUUCCAAGCACCCGCGGGUCGACGCAUCCAACGAUUUUGCCAAGAUGAUGGCCGACCUCAUUUCAGCACUCGUGUUGCAGCUUGUGCAGAGGGCCAUGACCACGACGCACGGGUAUCCCAAGCGGCAAGUUCUGUUGCUUGACGCGGGGUCGCGCCGGCAGUUUUUGGCUGAGCUCCGCAGUGACAUUCAGAUUUAUGAGACCCUCAAGACGACGGUCUUCGAGGGCGCGCAGGGUUUCAUUGGUCGGUCCCUCUUUCAGCACACGGCCGUUCAGCAGAUGAUCAAGUGCCUCGAGCUUGAAGGGUGGGCUGCGACCGAGAGGACCGCCGUGGCGAUUGUAUUAGAUGCCGAGGUUGUCCAGACAACGCACAGGUAUACGCCAGUUGUGAAAGACGAAGUCGCCGCGCCACGAGAUUGUCGGUUCGAGCCCAACGCGUUCAAGCCAGUGAUGAAGAAGUCUGCUCUACAUGGUGAUUUGUUGCCCCUGAAUUUGUCUGCCAUUUCAUCGCACAACGAUGCUGAUUGGUAUUCUCCCAACGCUGCUGGACAUUUCCAGCCAUACGUUGACAUCGCACGAUGCCGCGAAGCCUCUCGGGAGAACAGGCUUUCGCUCCUGGAUCGGCGCUUCUGCAGCCGCCUCAUCACGAACGAGAUGGUCUUUCGGCGGAAGGGGUCGGUUUCCUGGUACUGGGGCUUGGGGUCCAUCUGCGGGUCCAUGGCAGUUGGGUGGCCAGUUGGCGAGUACGGGCCUCGCCGUUACAGGGUGUUGCCAGAUCGUAAGAGGGAGCUGUUCGCCAUUCUGGAUCUGACGGAGUGGGAG